AGUAUUAUUAAUGCUAAUAAUAAAUGUGCAGCAUUAAUUGCUUAUUAAGAAUAUUAAUUAGUAAAUACCACUAUCUUAACUUUGAAAUUAGCAUAAAAAAUUCUUGAUAUUUAUCAAGGGGCAUUACAGCACAUAUAUACUGCUUCAAGGAUUCAAAUCUUAUUAGAAAGACAAAAUCGUUCAAAAGUUUAUUAUUAGAAAAAUGUUCGCCAAUUUGAUUUUCUUCUGCUUAAUCGCCGGCGCUUUUACAUCAUCUCAAUCUGGAUCCUCUUCAUCUUCAUCAUCAUCAUCAUCUUCAUCAUCGGGUACUACAACACCUUCAUUGUCUGAAGGACCUUGUCCAAAUGUGGUAGUAGAACCCGUCGAUUUAAAAAAAAAAGCUGGAUAUUGGUAUGAAGUUAAACGUAGCGCGAACAAUUACGAUGGUUCGGAUUUGUGCGCUAAAGUACAGUGGCGGAAACCAGUCAAGGGUGUUUCAGUAGUUAUUAACAAGAGUUAUUCAACAGUGUCUAACGGUGUUAUAACAUCAGUUUUGAGGGUAAUACAAGACCAAAAAGGAACAAGAUUUACCUACAGUACUCCAGUGUUAGGAAACGUUAAUAAAGAACAUUUGGUUCUUGAUAUCGAUUACAAAAACUACUCGAUACUCUGGACCUGCGAAAAUCGAGGAAAUGGACACGUGGAAACAGCUUGGGUUAUGUCACGACGCCCUGAAUCACCUAAAAACAUAGAUCAGCUGAUACAAAAGGCAUUUGAUAAAUAUAACCUCACAGUACCGGAGAUGAUCACUCACAAUUUGUCGGAUUGUGAUGAAUACUAUUCUUCGUAUGAUUUUUGCAGUUAAUUUAAAUGAUUAAAAUAUGUAAAAAUUUAGAUAAUUAAAAGUUAUAUUAUUUAUAAA